AUUCAUAUGAGAUAAGCAAGCGAUAUAUAUAUUUUCUGAGACUGCCUAGGGAGACUGAUCUGUUCUUUUUAUACAUACAUGAUGAUCUUUAUCCCUCUCAUAACAACAUCAUGCUCAUUCUUGUUGAAAUCUAUAAGUCACGAUGCCCAGGAAAGUUAUGAUUUUUGUCGGUGCACCGGAAGCGCAAGCUCUGGACUGGACCGAGUCUAACCUGCUAAACCACUUCCUGCAACCAUUCGCGAGCUUCGUCCACCUCAAAGCCCUGCCAGAAUCAUCCUUAAGGGAGACGAGUUUUCUCUCCACACCUGACACGGCCGUAUGGCGAUCACUGCCCUUGCACAAGGAGCGGCUGCCCACCGGUUUCUCUCAAACUCAUGCAUUGGCCCACGUUUACCAGGGAAGUCCAGAGUUCUUCACUACGUUGACUAGGUCAUUUGAUACGACAUCGGAUCUCUCAGAAGAUGUACUGGAUCAAGACAUUGCUGAUCGGUUCUACGAUCAUUCUGUGGCUAUUCAUGGAGAUAUCCCCUCCUCACAGCUUCCAGCCACGAGCUUCGCUACAGAGGACUCGUCUUUCGAAGUUACGGGCGACUUCACCGAGGAAACAUCUACCCAACCAGACGACACUACUCUGCUGCGCAGCUUCCAACAAGAGGAUGUAGUCACACAUCUCAGUGAUUUGGAAGAUUUGCCCGAUGCUAAAUACUUGCAGUCGAUCUUGCCUCAGACUAUGACGGUAAAUCUCAUUGUUGGUAUUAUAUCAAUAGCAGAGCCACGUACAGUGAGAACACGCUGGGGCGGGACGAAAUCACUGGUCGAGUUGCUGGUUGCAGACGAGACGAGGUCCGGCUUUAGCGUGACGUUCUGGAUGUCUUCCGAGCCGAGCGAGACCAAUCAAUUGGUAUGCAGUCUGAGGCGGCAAGACAUAAUUCUUCUACGCAACGUUGCCUUGAGCGUGUUCAUGAAGAAAGUCCACGGCCGCAGUCUGAGAAAAGGUCAUACGAAAAUCGACCUACUCCAUCGAAGGCGGAUCGAUAAGGACGAUACCGGAGGCAUGUAUACUAUGAAAGAUGUUGCUUCAACCAGGAGAGCGCAUCCUCAGUUAGCAAAGACUAGAAAGGUAUGGCAAUGGCUUUCCCAUUUUGUUGGAGAUGGGGGUACAAGCCUGGGUAAGAGGAGACACAACGGAAAGCCUAUUAGGAGGUGGAAUUUACCUCCAGCUGAUACCCAGUAAGGACAGCCACCUUUCCAAUUGAUAUGGGCGAAUAACUAUGCUAUGAAAGGGGCGCUUUACGACAUGUCGAAGCUCGUUCACACAAUCUCAAAACAGGUUGAAUUCCUGCCGCUGUGUGGCUUCUCAGCUGCGAAGCGUCUCGAUAUUGCGACGUGAUUUCUGAACGAGUUGUAUGUAUAAUCUAAAGUGAAUAUACUGGAUUCUUAUGUGAUCCGAAUCUUGAUCUUCCAACAUCGGCUUCC